AUGGUUUCCGCCUACCCAGAUCUUAAAUCACCUAUAGGACAUGACUUUGGAGAUGAGCAGACACAAGCAGAGCUCGAGCUCAUGGAUGAGCUGCACAAGUUGGGUGUCUCCAAAUAUGUGAAUUUACCUCAACUAAUUGUCGUUGGAGACCAAAGCGUUGGUAAAAGCUCAGUGCUCCAAGCUGUGACAGAGAUUCCUUUUCCAACCGAUGAUAAGAUGUGCACUCGCUUUGCAACCGAGAUUGUGCACAAAAGAACUUCGCCAAGUGACACGGUUUCGGUGACCGUUGAGAUCAUUCCUGAUUCCAAUGAAACUCAAGAGCGGAAGGAGUUGUUGUCCUCAUGGCGUCCAUUAGCUUUCGGGCCCACGCUUGAUAAGGAAACCAUGAAUUCUAUAUUCAAGCAGGCAGAGUCUGUCAUCAUUGAAGACCAUGCCGAUGUCCGGCCUGGUAGAAGACCGAAAUACAAUAGAUUAAGUAGCUCUGUGCUACGCAUAACUAAACGUGGCCCCGACGAGAAGAAUUUUGCGAUUGUAGACAUACCUGGUCUUAUCCGCGGAGAUUCCAAAAACACGGAGCAUCAAACAGCCAAAACUCUUGUCCAGCAUUACAUGCAUAACCCAAGAAGCAUCAUUGUGGCUGUUAUAGAUGUGAUCGAUCUCGAAAGGCAGGAAGUCCUGCAUAUGCUCGACGAGAUAGAGGAUAAAGAGUCUAGGAUAGUUGGAGUUAUCAACAAGUGUGAUACCAAGCAAAAGCAAUCACACGACUGGGUUUUUGAGCUCAUCAAGAAUGAUGACCAAUCCCCACGAUACCUGAAAGAAGGGUGGUACGGUUUGCGUAACAGGGCACCAAUCGAAGCCAACAACAGCGAUGCAGAAAGAGAUGCUAUAGAGGGUGCCUUCUUUUCAGGCGAUGAAUGGAAUCGAUUGAAUAAAAAGAGGCUUGGCAGACAUCAUCUACGAAGCAAUCUGAUAAAGAUGCGGAAUAGACAUGUGAAACAGAGUAUACCCAUUCUUCUAUCCGAGAUCAAAGCAAAGCUUGCCCUGUGCAACAAUGAUAUCUCCAAACUAGGGCCACCAUGCGAUACCAAUUUCCAGCAGUUUACUUUGAUAAAUGGAAUUGCAACGAAGUACUCUAGAAUGGCGGAAAACUCUUUAAAUGGCAACUAUCGAGGGCUUAAUAAGUCUGAUAUGUUUGCGAGGAAGCUAAUUCGAGAUGGGCUUGAUAAGUUUUGUACUACAUUACAGGCAGAGGGUCCAGUGAAACCUUUUGUAACUUGUACAGCGGAAGCGAAGCUUAUCCCUGCCGACGACGGAAUGACAUGGUCGGAGAAACUCAUGAAAGAUCCAACCUAUGGCUGGAUACGACAAGUGAUUGAGAGCUUUCGCGGGACCGAAUUUCCUGGUGACCUCAAUCCAUUAGUAGUAGACUUUUUAUGGAGAAAGCAGACCACAGGCUGGAGAGCCAUCGCUGAGGACGCUCUUGCGGAGGCGGAGAGCAUUGUUGAACGGGUUAAUGAAGCAUUAUUUCAAAGUGUUUGCUCAGAUGACGACCUUCGAGUCAAGCUGCGGGACUGGUUGCAUGCCGAUUUCCAGAAAGCAUCAGUCGAUGCCGCAAAGGAGCUCGAACGUCUGAUUGCAGAUGAAAUUGAAGGCCAUCUUUUUACCUUGCAUCCCCAUUUCACCGCACUACGAAUGCAUAGACAGCAGAACAGGAUUAACGAAGUUACGAGCAUUUUGGCGAAGGAAAAAGCGUGGAUGAAACAAGAACAAGGCGGUGCACUGAUUCCUAAUCUAUCCAUCUCAUCGGAUAAGAUUGUGGGAACUGAAUUGUAUCAUGAUAAGGAACUAGCGGUAGUGUUGAAUACUCAUGAUAGUCUCGAGGCCUACUAUGAGUUGGCUAGAUAUCGAUUCACAGACAACGUUGCAACUCAAGUCAUCGAAAGGCACCUGCUUGGUCCGGAUGGUCCAUUACGUCUUUUUUCUCCUCAGUAUGUAUCAGAAAAAUUAUAUGGAGAACAAAAUGAGGACGCAUUAAGCAACUUAGUUGGCGAGAAUCCAAACAAGGCCCAAAGGCGACUUGGCCUCGAUUCUGAGAGGCGCAGUCUCGAAGAAAGUAUGAAGAGACUUCAAGCUUUCAAAAUGCUUUAA